UUACGGUGUGAAUGGGUCCUUCACUGUAGUGGGGCUGUCCCCCCCAAAGUAUCUGCUGGUGAUGGGGUCACCCACGGAUGCCUCCCAGGUGCUUUCCAGCCUUGGUUCGUUGAUCCCGUGUGUGGGUGCAGGAACUCACUUAGCCGCCUCUCUGGGGGAGGGGCUGGUAUCAGCUUGGAGAGUGGUGGGCAAGGGUCUGGUGCUUAGCUGGGCAGGAGGAAAGAGGCUGUGGAGAGGGACCGCUGACCCUGCUGCCCACCCUGUCCCUGCAGGCACACGCCAGGGGGUGCUCAAGAUAAUGACCUUCCUUCGAGACCCUCUCGGCCAGCAGUCUGUACCAGGAGUCCUCGACUUGCUGGGGAGCCCCCAGAAGCUGCGCUCCACCUCCGAGGCCGGAUCAGAAGCCUCCAUGUCUGAGGCCUCCUCCGGGGACCUGCUGCCCCAGGACAAGGAGGAGCGGACAGCCAAGAAGAAGCCCAGAACGCUGGCCAGCAUGUUCAGCGUGUUCAGCAAAGGGAAGAAAAAGAAGAAGCAGGGCCAGUCCAGCUCCGCCGAGUCCACUGGCCAGGCCAGGCCGGGGCUGCAGGGACCCCCGCCCACGGUGGAGGAGCUGAAGGCGACGCUGGAGCACGGGCAGCUGGAAGCGGCGUGGCCGCUGCUGGCGCUGGAGCGAGAGCUGCAGGCGGCGGCGGCUGCGGGCGGCACGAGCGCCGAGGAGCUGGUGCGGCGCCAGAGCAAGGUGGAGGCCCUGUACGUGCUGCUGCGGGACCAGGUGCUGGGCGUGCUGCGGCGGCCGCUGGACGCGCCGGCCGAGCGGCUGCGCCUGGCGCUGGCCGUGCUGGUCGAGCAGGAGCGCGAGGACGCGCAGGUGGCAGCAGAGCCUGCGCCCGGGGCGGCGGCCCUGGCGCCCACGCGCCCACGCGGCUGGCUGCAGCUGUGGCGGCGCGGCGUGGCCGAGGUGGCCGCCGAGCGCCUGGGCCGGAGGCCGGCCGCGGGCAGCACCGACAGCCGCUCGGAGGCCGAGAGCGCCUUCCUGCACAUGGGCCGCACCAUGAAGGAGGACUUGGAGACUGUGGCCGAGCGCCUGAAGCCGGUGUUCCCCGCCGAGUUCGGCGUCGUGGCCACCUACGCCCAGAGCUACCACGAGCACUUCGCUGCCCACCUGGCUGCCCUGACAGAGUUCGAGCUGUGUGAGCGGGACACCUACAUGCUGCUGGUCUGGGUGCAAAACUUCUAUCCUAACGAUAUCCUGAGCAGCCCCAAGCUGGCAGGUGAGCUGCAGGAGCUACAGCUGGGCAGCCUCCUGCCCCCGAGGCAGAUCCAGCUGCUGGAGGCCACUUUCCUGUCCAACGAGGUGGCCAACAUGAAGGAGCUAAUGGCCCGCGCCCUGGAGGUGGAGUCACAGCGCUGGGCCGAGGAUGCGGCCCCCCAGAGGCUGGACGGCCGCUGCCACAGCGAGCUGGCCAUUGACGUCCUCCAGAUCGUCUCCCAGGGCCAGACCAAGGCCGAGAGGAUCACCCCUGACCUGGGCUCGCAGAUGAAGCAGAUACUGCUGGCGGAGCUGACCAACUUCCUGCAGAGCUACCAGGCCAGCUUUAAUGACUUUCUGGAGCAAGGCAGACAGCUGAGGAAUUACAGGGCCAAUGUCAUGGCCAACAUCAACAACUGCUUGUCCUUCCGGACAUCCAUGGAACAAAACUGGCAGAUCCCGCGGGACCCCCCGAGCCACCUGCUGGCCCCCCUGAACGAGCUCAAGGGCCGUGGCUUUAACGCACUGCUCCAGACCCUGUUCUUGGAACUAAAGCCGCUGUUCAAAAGGCUCACACAGACGCGCUGGGCGGCGGCCGAGGAGGUCCUGGAGGCGAUCCUCGGCACCAUGGUGGGGAGACUGCCUGAGUUCUUGGAGCUGCACGACUGCUUCCGGGAGGAGCUCAUGGAGACUGUCCACCUGCACCUGGUGAAGGAGUACAUCACUCGUCUGUGCAAGCGGCGCCUGGUGCUGAAGACGGCCGAGCAGCAGCAGCAGCUGGCCAAGCACGUGCUGGCCAAUGCCGAGCUCAUCCACGGCUUCUGCACUCAGAACGGUUCCCCUGCAGCCUGGCUGCAUCACGCCCUGCCAACCCUAGCUGAGAUCAUUCGCCUGCAAGACCCCAGUGCCAUCAAGAUUGAGGUGGCCAUGUAUGCCACUUGGUACCCCGACUUCAGCAAGGGCCACCUGAGCGCCAUCCUGGCCAUCAAGGGGAAUCUGGCUAGCAGUGAGGCCAGGAGCAUCCGGAACAUUCUAGACGUCAACUCGGGGGUGCAGGAGUCCUCCAGGUCCCUGUUCUCACUGAUCAACGUUGGUUAGCUCGGCCUGUUCCAACCAAGCACAGAGCAGGCCGCUCCGGGGGCCAUCCACUCCACACUGCCCCCACAACCCCUUUCGGCCGACAUAUAGGCGCUGGAAUUGGACAGAGCUCUGGUGGAGCAAGGGCACCAUUGAGGGGUGCCCCCGAGCUGAUGCCCAAGAAAGUCCUUGUAGAACCAUAGUUGGUGGAGUGUGCAUGGGACUGAACCAGGAGGGAGAGUGUGGCCAGGGCCCUCACACAGUCAGCCUCAGCACCAUCCCUCUUGUGGGUGGUCCUCAGCGUCCCCUCUAGAUCCCCGGAGCCAAGCAUCACCCUCUCUGCUUCCCUCAGGCUGUGUGCGUGGCUUGAGACGGGCUCUGCAGGUCUGGAGUCGAAGACAGAACCGGAAGGGGAGGAUAGGGGCAACUCUUCCCCGGGGUCCCCUGGGACACUGAGGGCAAAGCCAGGGUCAGCCCACUCACCCCCAGGAGCCCCCUAGUGCACCAAAGGCAGAGCCAACAUCAGCCCACUGACCCCCAGGCUUGGACCCCUUCUGGCCUCUCCUGAGGUGGCCCUGGAGCCCAGGGCCAGGGCCUCUUAGGGUCACCUGCCCGGAUGCAGACAGGCCCCACUGCCACCUGACCGUGUGGCAGAGGCCUGGGCAGGAGCCAGGUGAGCCUGUGGCCUCUGCUCCCUCUUGCUGCUGUAACAGACAAACCCGCUGGCCACUCUGAAGGUGGAUGCAGGACCCGAGGCAGGGGGCAGGAGGGCGGGGCUCUCCCGGUUGUUCAAGGCCACCAUGUCCAGCUCUGCGUGGCCUGCAUGUCAGGGCCAGUCACAGCCCAGUGAGCCCCUCCCACCACCACGCCCCGGGGUGCUAGCUUGCCUUCCCAGCCCAAGUGUCCACUGAGAGAAACCCAGCCCUUCUCUAUUUCAAGGUCAGAUGGAAGCCACCUGCAGUAAGUCCUGUUUGCAGUGCAACCUGAUAGGGUCACACAGGCUCAAGGACCAGGGUGCAGACAUGUUUGGGGUACCCUCAUCCCACCCACCACCACCUGCGAAGGCACCUCAUCCCUCAUCCCACCCUGGGGAAACAGAUCCGUCCAGGCUGGGGCUCUGCUACCCCAAGGUCCGGCUCCCUCCCCAGGUGAGAGGGACCAGUUCAGAUAUGGCCAUAACUGAGUCCCCCCCCCUCCAGAGUCAGGCUGCAUCCCCCAGGGCUGGCCUGAGGGUGGUUCCAGGAGGCUCCCUCCUCCAGGUCCUGCCCAGUGCUGCCUUACCAAGCAACGCACACAGGUCUCUACAUUUGUUGGGUGUUGCUAAUAUCCCUAAGUGCUACUUUUGUACAUGUGUCCUCUGGGCAGGACCAGAGAUUGAUAGUUUGAUAUUAAAGUUGAGUUCACAGA